AUGUUAAGGGUAGUUACUACAAAAAGUUUAAUAUCGGCAUAUAGAGGUAGGUUUUUUAGUAACUGUUGUUCUCUCAAUAAACACAAAUCAACAAAUGCUCCCAUCAAAAUAAUACUAAAGGAUGGAGAAGUUGUCACAUUACCACCUCAUCUCGAUGGCAACCAAAAAAGGAUUACAGAUGCCAGGGUUCGAAGUGGUUCAAAGAUACAGGGAAGGAUAAAACCAAAGGAACUUAGGCUAAGAAAGCGUAAUCGCACAUCCUUGGAUUACAACAGUGAUCGCAUGAAUAAAGAGGCAUAUAAAGCGAUAAUAACCGAUAGUAUCUCGAAGAAUUCAUUUAACGUACUGUUUGAUACAUAUGGUAUUAAGCAAGAGACAGUUAUUUUAAAUGAUAUUAUUAAAAAGUCAGAUAUGGAAGGAUUGCAUCCACCUCAAUUGACAGGAGACUUGCAUAGAGUUCUUUAUCAACCAAUGACGUUACACCAAUUGAAGGAUCCACGAUCAAAUGUUUACUUAUUUGACCCAAAAUUAGAAAAGAUAACACCAGAAUUUUUGGAAAAGAAAAUAUAUACUACUGGAAAUCAAAAGGACCCAACAAAUAAUAAGGAAAAUGCACCUCUCUUUAUAACUCCUCAUCGGGACAAGAGUUUAAUGGCUGUGGCUAAAAAACUUAGAAAGAGGUACAUAUCGUCAUCUAGUUCGAUGACAGCCAUUCUUUCACAUUUCCAUUUCUUAUUAUCGAACUUCAGAGGACUAAAUAUUGAGGAUACACCUAUAUCAGAUAGAUUCGAUCAUCGUCGCUGUAAUUUCUCAAGAGGAGCCAAAUUUCCUGCAACUGUAAUCUUGCGUAAAAUGAAUAACAAAAUUAGGUCGAUUGAUUCAGACAAAACGUUUGACAAAGAAAUGGUUCUUUCCCUGUUAGGUCAUUCUUUAGAAAAUUUCCUGACCGUGGACUCAAAGUCACCAAAACUACAAGACGAUUUUUAUCAUUAUUCAAAGAUAAAUGAUUUUAUUGUAAGAUCUCAAUUAGACGCAUAUGAUCCAUCCCUUCCCGGUACAGGGGUAUUUGAUUUGAAAACAAGAGCAGUAUCUGCCAUUAGACAUGACUUACCAUAUGUUGAGAAAAAUAAUAAUGUAACAGGUUAUAGAUUAGAUAGGAUACAUGGUCAAUAUGAAUCUUUUGAGCGUGAAUUUUAUGAAUUAAUUCGUUCUACACUUUUAAAAUAUUCUCUACAAAGUAGAAUUGGUAAAAUGGAUGGUAUUUUCGUUGCGUAUCAUAACAUAUCAAAACUUUUCGGUUUCCAAUAUUUACCACAGGAAGAAUUAGACUAUAUUAUUCAUUCAAAAUAUAGUCACAAGUUUUUAAACCUGUUGAACCAGAGAAAUGACGAUAUAAUAAAUGAUGUAGGCCAGAGGGAUUAUAUCGUGAAUCAUCUGUAUCAAGGUCGAGAGAUUGCAAACAGUAUAGCUGAAUCUGAAUUUGGGACUUCAUUUGUCAUGUUGAAGAAUGCUUUAAAAUAUUUGGAAGGUGAAUUAGAUAAGAAAUUAGGACCUACGAAUUGGGAAAAAUGUAAGAUAAUGAUGCAAACAGAAAGUAAGAAGGUUCGUCUAUCGAAUAAUGAAAUAAUUAACUACCCUGUUCUUAAUAUUAUUGCAAUUCCGUUACCAUCAGAUUAUCACGAUGAAUCGGUUAUCAACCCUAAGAGUUCUCAAGACGACAUUCAAAGGGUAAUGGCUGAAUAUUCUUCACGACUAGAAAAAGAAGUUCAUAAUCCUAAAUUUGUGGAAAAUAUGGUAGGUAUUCAACUUAGAGUCUUUCAUAAACAAACCAACAGUGAAAUAUCGAAAUCAGGAAACAUACCAAACGGCAAAAAGUUGAUUUUAGAAGAUAACAAAAGACAAAAUUCUUAUUACUCGAAGACCCAUACUUUUCAAACACCUAAUUUUAUGAAUUCAGAGGAUGUCGAGAACUGGAAAGUCAACUCAUGGUGGACGCCCAUAAAAGAUUCCAGAACUAUUUGUAGAUUAUACUUGGAAUAUUGUAAUAUUAAGUUAGAGGCCUUAAAACAUCAAUCCGAGGUAAUAAGUGACAAUCAGUCUGUGUUGAAGGAUCAGAAAAAACGAAUCAAGUUUUCAAAAUCUGGAAAUGAAGCUAAUGAGAGAAACAACCAGUUCAAGAAAGUCUUGAGAGCAUAUGGUGAAAAGGGAGCACUUGCAGAAGAAUCGAUCAAUGAGGAUGCCAUAAAGACCAUGUGGAAUUCGUAA